AUGCCACUCCGUAGUAAAGAGAAAAACAGCACCAGAGCGCAAAUCAAGUUGCACAAAUUUUUCAAUAAAGGACAUCAAGAUGAAAAAACGGCUUAAGAAGAUGUUGGAGCAAGGUACUGGGGCGCGGCUUAAUUAGUGCUUUUCACUAGUGUGAGGAGCGGGGGCGUUGGGUCUCCGGGAGUGAUCAUCUCGACCUUUCGGAGGCCCAAAUAAUCUCUGCUCUGGGUGUGCCCUUAACCCUAGUUUAUGCCCCCCCCUUGAAUGCAUUUUUUUGAGGCCCAAAAAUCGCGAAAGCAUUUGCACACUUUGCACAAAUUUUUCAAUAAAGGACAUCAAGAUGAAAAAAGGACUUCGAAAAUUGCGAGGUCUUCCUGUUUGACUAGCCACAUAAAUGGAAAUGUGUCGGAAGACAAUCAACAACGCAAGAAACGCGGGCGAUUUGAACACUGGUCAUCUUUGAGUGAAGUGUAAAUAGGCCCUGUUUGAAGGCGUUUCUAGUUGCAAUCAAUCUGAAUGGUACUAACGCACAGCCUGCGGGUAAACAUUCAAGCUUUGGGGUACUUCAAAAUCAGUCUCGAAUCGCCAUAGUAUACGCUAAAAUCAGAUCAACAAUCGUUGAUCGUCACCAUCAAAUUUACAUCGUGAUUUCGGUUAGACCUCAUUUUGAAUCAUCAUCAGUUCAUCUUGAUUUACAUCGUGAUUUCAAUUUUGCACUCAGAGCGGGACGGUGUGUCAAGAUCGAUUUAGGUCGUGUUUCUUGAUCAUACCUACACUCCCCCUUCCGAAUGGACCUGAAACCAUCUCGAGAAAUCUUUGAUGUGAUGAAUUCUUGUGAAAUUCGCCUCAAUAAAUCCUAGAGAUUAUUGAAAUCAACAAAAUGAGCUUUCGCAAAUACUUCAUUAGCUUUUCUUGAAGGAGCUUUGAAGAUUUGAGUAUACUUCUCUCCUGGAAGUGGUUUCGUCAAUCCAUCCGCUAGAUUGAUAUCUGUACUGAUAUAACGCAAGUCUUUUACGUAGUCCCGUGCUAGGUGUAGUCGAAGACUCAUGUGCUUGGAUCUUUUCGUGGCUACGGUUGUCGGACUCAACGCAAGCGCGGACUUGUUGUCGUUGAAGAUCAACGGGAGAGAUCCUGACUCCUGUUCUGCAAACCAAUUCAAAUAUCCUUGAUCCAUAGUCAUCCUUACGCAGUCAUACGUCGCGCAAUACUCGGCUUCCAUUGUUGACGUAGCUCGAAUCGAUUGACGUUUCGACUUCCAACAAAUGGGAACCCCGCGUCGAUAUAAGAUUGCGCCUGACGUGGAUCGAAAACUUGCAGAACAUCCAGCGAAAUCUGCAUCGCAGAGCGCAAUGGUGUCUCUGUAUUCUUUGUUUUCUAGCUCUGCAGCUUUUGUGUAAAUUUCUUUAAACUUCUUUUCUUGUUGCUUUCUGUAUUCUAAUCCUUGCGAUUUGGUUCCUUUCAAAUGCGCUAGAAUAUGCUUGGCAUCUUUUGCCGUUUGGUCGGUUGGACUAGCUACCUGCGUCGCUAUUUUCUGUACUGCGAAUGCGAUAUCAGGCCGGGCAACGCAACUGAUAUACAACAUUCCACCAACUAGCGAUCUUAUCGGAAGUGUGGAACUCGACGGCGAGUCCAAGUCUGCGUGGGAAUUUGGUAAACAUGGGGAACCUACUGCACGGCAGUCCUUCAUGUGAAAUUUCUCAAGCAGCUUAUCAAUUGCAUCUUCGCAAGUGAUUUUCAUGACUCUCUUUUUCGCAUUGAAGAUCAACUUUGCGCCUAGAAGGUCGCGGAUCUCGUUGCCUUCUUUGUCAUAUUCUGCGAGAAUUUCUUUUCCUGGGAACUCUGCUAAAAUUGCACUCAUUUCUGCAGCGACACGGUCAUCAUCUUCGCCCGUGAUAAUGUUGUCAUCUAUGUAAACUGCUAGCCAGAGUUCCUGCUCUUUUCCCUGUUUGUCUUUUGCAAACUUCUUGAACAAACCUGGUUCGUGUUCGGAUGCAACCCAGUCGAACUUCUUGAGUUUGCCAGCAUAUUCGUCAUACGUGCCAACGGUGUGGGCUGAUCUUCAGACCGUAUAACGACUUUAACAGCCUGACAGCGUCGCCUUUCUCUUUAUUCUUGCUCCAGCCGUUAUGCUUGGGCAGGCGACAUAACGCGAUCUCGUCACCUAGAGCUGCACGCGCAAACGCAUUGGAAGUAUCGAGCUGUCUAAUUUUCCAUCCGUGUGCUGCUGCUUCAGCAAGUAAGUACCUGCUUGCGGCAUGGCUCACAGUUGGGCUGUAUAUUUCUCCUUGUAGAGAUAGCUUUUGCCUGUUUCCUAGUGCUACUAGACGACACUUGUAGCGACCGUCUCUUUUCUUCGUGUAGAUGCAAACCGUCGGGAUAGUUUCUAACUUAUCACCCAUCUCUUUGAUGUCUUCUGCGGUUGCAUGCCUCCACGUUUUCGCUUCUUCUAGCGCUAGGCGUUCGCUUGUAUCUGACUCGAUCCAUUUGAUUGCGUCAGGACUUUCCAGACACUUGGCCCAAGUGUGCUGCAAGCCAAAGAGGUAAGGAGUUUCGUCUUCCUCUAAUUCAUGACGAAUCUGGAAUAUAGCCUCUGCUUCUUUUUCAAAUUCCAUUGGUAGAUCUUUCAGUAAGUCAGAUGACGACACAAGGUUGGCUUUUUGUCUUUUCUUAGCUCGAGGACCACGACUCUUGCCUUUGUCGUUGCGUUCUUUGCGCUUCUUUUUGUCCUGGCCUCGGCCCUUCUUGCGAAGUUUCUUUCGUGUAGGUCCUUCAACGAGGAUCCUAGGUGCUUCUUGUGUCUCAUUAUCUGCAGCAUCAGCAUCAACUGUGUUAGAUUUUCUUUUCCGAUUUCCAUUUUCAGCUUUUGCUUUCUGUUCCGGGGAGUUCUCAGGCGCCUCAUCUGAAAACAUAUCGAGCCAAACCUGAUUAGGGUUUUGCUUUUCCUUACCCCCUUCCUCAGGUUGCUCACCCCCUUCGAAACUCUUGCCCUCGUCAUUUUCGACGUUAUCCUUUUCAUUUUCAGAAUUGCGUUUGUCCGCAUCUUCUUCAUCUUUCGAGCGAUCGGUCCUCGGAGCGUCCUGACCGCGACUGCUUUGAUCGCGAUCUGCAGCGGGCUCUACGAGCUGCGAACUAUCACCCAGACGCGCCGGAUUCGGAAAAUCAAUCGUCAGCUUGUCAGCGUCCGGCUUUAGAUCAUCUAUUUUGCUGACCAGCGCAGAUUCAUCAAACUUACACUACAGCACUUCACUUCGUGAACUCCGAAACGGGUUUUGGAGCUUUUCUUACAUCGACCAUCAAUCUGCAGACCACAUGCCUACCAGGUAUGUAGAAUUCUCUUGACCGUAGCCCAGAAAGAUUCCACGGGUAAACCGGUCUUCAAGCUUCGACUUCUGUGAGUGAUCCUUCGCGUAGACCAAGCAUCCGAAUCGUCGGAAGUACUUGGCGGAGGGUUUUCUUUUGAAGCGUUUUUCAAAUGGCGACUCGCCUCCUUUGGCUGUCGGGGUUCGGGCGAAUAUGUGUGAGAAAGUGCGAGCUGCAUAACUCCACACACGUUUAUCAACUCCGACCGUCAUAGCUCUUACUCCGUUUUGGUGAGUUUGGUUGUAUCUUUCAGCUUUCCCAUUCUCUUGCGGCUCAUAUGGGGCUGAGGAGUCAGUAUGAAUCGGCGGGGACUGUUUCUGUGCUGUCUUUUUCCAAGUGCUAUUUGGUUCCUUGAACUCUUUCGCGUUGUCGGAUCUCACUCUUUUCGGUGGUCCCUCUUCAUUUAUCCAGGCCUGCAGUCUCGCGCCUGCUUCUGCUUUGCUUUUGCAGAUGAAAGAACGAGGCCAGCUGGUUGCUUGGUCGAUGGCAUUCAAAGCCCAUCUUUCCGACCAGUAGUCAGGUUCGUUCCCAAGGUCCAGUGAAGUCAAAAUCAGCCUGGUCAUUGAAUUUCUCAACUUUGUAGCAUUCUUCCUUUACUUUUGCAUGUUGCGCGCCUUUGCUUUUCGCGAGAUCGCAGGCAGGGCAUCGGACUACUAUUCCAGGUAGACUACGAUGUCCAGCACGCUGAUGAUCAAGAAGCAUUUUCUCAGCCUUUGCCAUCGUGGUAGUAGACUCGGUCUCGAUCUCUUCGCACAACAAACCUUGCUCACCAGGAUCUUCGUUGAACCCAAGCGCCACGGCCGGCAGCUUGGUUCCGAUCCCUUUGCGAAGAAGAGUUCUCUUUCCUGUUUUCCUACUUUGCAAGUAGUUGCCCCCUUCGUCGAAAGCAACCCUGUGUCCUUCUUUCUUAAGUUGUUCGACAUUGAGGAGGGUCUGUGGAGGGAAUGGAUGGAAUAUUGCACGUUUGCAACCAAGUGCGUUUGGUUUCAAUGUUACUCAGAGAAAAACUGUGAUACAGGAAAAAAUUUGAAAUUUUGAUUCGCAGCAACGCUGCGGAUACGGUUAAACUACUUUGCAUUUGGUCGACAGAGCGACAUUGCAAAGUCGUCAGCUGGUUGCAGGCUCCGAACGACGAAAAGCGGCCCACCAAGAUUGGGCAGACCUAAACCCACCACACCAUGGGGAAUGAAAUUGAAUUUGCGACGCGUUAUCGUAUUUUUUGCAUGACGCCAACGAAGGCGCUGAGUUUUUCCGUCGAGUACUCCGGCGAGUACCUCGGUCGAGCUGCUGUAUCACACUUUUACAAUUUCACUAAGCGGAAGCUAACGCCGGUGCUAUGGUGGUUUUGUAAAAGUGUGAUACAGCAGCGCAGUGUACUCGUGCGAGCACUACCGCGAUCUGCUGUAUCACAGUUUUCCAACUGGCCAAGUGUUUCGCUUCAGCUGUCUUCCAAAAGUGCUCACUUUGCAUCAAAAAAAUGAGAUAUAUUCGCUGGACUUGAUUCCAGUCCCUGCCUAACGGUCGCCACCUCGACCACCUACUUACCUGCUCUGGCCGCCCAUUGCGGCAUGUCUUUGACUGCAAGUCGUUGCGGCAACCGCACUCAAAUACUGUUCGCCUCGGCGAGUCAAAAUUUCAAAUUUUUUUCUGUAUCGCAGUUUUUCUCUCAGUAAAUGUGCCAAAAUAUCCAGGGCCGUCCAACUCUUUUCCGUCUGCUACAGUUAUUCGCACUGGAUUACUUUCGUCCCAAGAUUCGAAUAUCUCUGGUCGGCCCGACAUGUGACUUGUUGCGCCACUGUCGCAAGUUGCAUCAUCGACACAGUUGAAAGCUGUUUCAUGAUUUCGGUGCUGCUCGUCCUUUUCAUUCCGAUUCGCAUCGUUCGCCUCGCGCACCUUCCUCAAUGCUGAUUAGAUUCGCGAACGCUGUAGAGGUGUGCUAGCUUUCUUGCUGUGUACUCGGGCGAAUGAUUUUGCUCGCUUUCUUUUGUUGCGAUCGAAAAUUAAUACUGCAUCUAUUGACAGAUUGCAUUUUUCAACUCGUUCGGUCAGGCGGACACCUGCCGCCGGAUUUUCCCGCUUAAAUCAGGCUAAAAAAUUGCUAAAAGCAAAAGACUAGGCCCCCGGCGGCGUUUCGUCAGUGCGCGCGCCGGGCCCUGGCUUUGUCCAAUGCCUUGCGCCGUGGCCGCGCAGGCAUUGGGCCGGCCACCUAGCAUCCCCCGGGCUUUGUUUGCCCUCCCUCUUUCAGUUUUGCUCGUCGGUGGCGCUUGGGUUCCCCCUGUGGAGUUUCUGCUUUCUCAUGGCUUUGCCGGGGCGUCGCCAAAGCAGUCCAGUAAAGAGAAAAACAGCACCAGAGCGCAAAUCAAGUUGCACAAAUUUUUCAAUAAAGGACAUCAAGAUGAAAAAACGGCUUCGAAAAUUAUGAGAAGGAUUCAGCGACUCAAAAGUAGCGGAUACCGCCUCUCGAUGGUUCCCAAGAUAGAGGUCCGGAUGGAGGCCCUCCAUGAACGAAAGCCACCGAUACAGGUCGGGGAACCGAAAACGAAUUCAUUUUCACCGAAUCGCGGCGCUGUGGCGCCUUUUUUCAACAUUUCUGCGCCCUGCACCUUCUCGCCCAUGCACCUUCUCGAGCCACAUGGGGCACACAGAAACGCCCAAACCAUACUCGUGAUUUACCUUCAAGCGGCCCCCCUUCGCGUGGUUGGCGCUCGAGCCCCGACGGCGUCGGCCGGUGCAAUGGCGCACGAGAUUGCCCCUCUUUGGGGGCUUUCCAUGGGCACAUACCCUCCGACGCCGUAGCGGCCGUGGUGUUUAGAGCUUGCGCUCCUAUCCCAAGGCAUUUCGGCCCGGGGUUUGCGGCUUCGUGGAGACAACAAAGCAAGCGCAGGCUGCGCUUGUUGUUUUGUUUGCUGACAAAGCGGCCCGCAUGA